UUGAUAAACUGAUCUCCCAUCUUCAUCCACCCGAGAUAUUUGUUUGUCCCCUCUCUCUCUCUCUCUCUCUCUCUCUCUCCAAACAAUGGCUGAUAACCACAACCUCCAAAACCCUCAUGCCAUCAUGAUCCCAUACCCUCUCCAAGGCCACGUAAUCCCUUUCGUCCACCUGGCAAUCAAGCUAGCAACAAAGGGCUUCACCAUCACUUUCAUCAACACCCAAUCAAUCCACCACCAAAUCUCCAAGUCCCACUCCUCCCCCGGCGACGACAUAUUCGCCGGGGCAAGAAAAUCUGGCCUCGACAUCCGGUAUGCCACGGUCACUGACGGCCUCCCCCUGGGGUUUGACCGGUCAUUGAAUCACGAUCAGUUCAUGGAGUGUGUCUUGCACGUUUUUUCAGCCCACGUGGAUGAGUUGGUCGGAGAUAUAGUGCGCCGGUCGGAUCCUCCGGCGACUUGUUUGGUCGCCGACACGUUCUACGUUUGGCCGUCGAUGGUUGCCGAGAAGUAUAAGUUGGUUAAUGUUUCGUUUUGGACUGAACCGGCUUUGGUGUUGACUUUGUAUUAUCACUUGGACUUGCUAAGGGAAAACGGCCAUUUUGGUGGUUCCGAUAAUCGUAAAGACAGCAUAGAAUACAUACCGGGCGUAGGGCCCAUCAAACCAACGGAUCUGAUGUCGUAUCUCCAAGCUGCCGAUAUAUGGACCGUGGUACACCGGAUAAUCUACAAGGCAUUCGCGGACGUUAAGAAGGCAGAUAUAAUCAUCUGCAACACAGUGCAAGAGCUGGAGCCAGAAACAAUCUCAGCCCUGCAUCGGAAGCAGCCCACUUAUGCAAUCGGGCCCGUUUUCCCGACCGGGUUUACCAAGAGCCCCGUGGCGACGAACCUAUGGCCCGAGUCGGACUGCACCCAAUGGCUCGAUCCCAGGCCUCACGGGUCGGUUUUGUACGUAUCGUUCGGUAGCUAUGCCCACACUAGUAAGCACGACAUUGUGGAGAUAUCCCAUGGGCUUUUGCUUAGUGGGGUGAGUUUUGUUUGGGUGCUUCGGCCCGAUAUUGUGAGCUCUGACGAUACGGACUUCUUGCCCGCUGGAUUCAAGGAAGAUAUCAAGGAGCGAGGGGUGAUUGUGCCGUGGUGUUGUCAGGUUGAGGUGAUAUCUCAUCCUGCGGUCGGAGGGUUCUUGACGCACUGUGGGUGGAAUUCGAUAUUUGAAAGCGUGUGGUGUAGUGUUCCUAUGCUCUGUUUCCCCCUUUUGACCGAUCAAUUCACCAACCGGAAAUUGGUGGUCGAUGAUUGGAAGGUCGGACUCAACUUAUGCGAUGAAAGGCCAAUUACGAGGGAGAAAGUUGCAGAUAAUAUCAACCGUCUGAUGAGUGGAGAAACAUCAGACAAGCUACGAAAUGGGAUGAAGAAAAUAAGAAAGACAUUGGAGGAUGCAGUGGCAACCAAUGGAAAUGGUUCGUCCGAAAGAAAUUUUAAGCAAUUUGUAAAUGAAGUGAAGGUCAAAAUAAGGAAAAGGAGUGGGAUUGCCAUUGGGACAUAACAGUGGUGCUACAGUUCUCGACGGAGAAAUCCCGAUCGGAAUCCCGACGCUCCGUUGGACCCACUCUAGUCACCGGACAGCCGAUCCGAGCCGUCCAAAAAUUCUAAAAAAAAAACCAAGUGGGCAUCGCGGGAAUCAACGGCAUCUGACAUGUGUAGGUGGUCGAUCCAAACACUCCAUUUUUGGCCGAUCCAGACACAAAAAUGGAUUGUUUGGAUCAUCUACACACGUCGAAUGCCGUUUAUUCCCUCCAGAGUGUGCCCGGCAGGGCGUCAGGAUUUUGAUCGGGAUUUUGGGUCGGAAACCGUAGACUUUCCGGGGACAUAAUACGUGGUCGAACGAUAAUUGCUAUGUCCAAAUUCCUUGUCUUUGUUCAAUAAUAUCAUGAUUCAUAUGAGCUAGUAGAUAGGCCCAAGUAGGGCCGAAUAUGUUGGCCUUUUAAAUUUUAUCCCUCUUCUAUUUGAAGUUUGAACACUCAUUUGUCCUUUUGUUCUGUCCAAUCUUUUAUUCGAUGCUCGAUAUCCCUUGGUAAUAUUGCAAGUAAAUCCACUAUUUGAUUUGAA